UCUUAUGGAUGUGGCACACCAAGUUUGCAAAAGAUGGCUAUCCGUAUUUUAAGUCAAACUUGUAGUGCUUCGGGCUGUGAAAGAAAUUGGAGUAUAUUUGAGCACAUUCAUUCCAAAAAAAGAAAUAGAUUAGAGCAUCACAAACUGAAUGAUCUUGUCUAUGUUCGCUACAACUUGAGGUUACAACAAAGGAACCGGUUGAGGCAUCAAAGUUAUGAUCCCAUCAAUUUUGAAGUAAUUGAAGAUCAUUCUAAUUGGGUUAUGGAGGACUCACCGCCAUUCUUAACUGUUGAGGAAGUGGAUGCAUUGCGUAAUGACCUUGCCAACAUGACCAUCCAACCUAUUUCUAAUGAUAUUGAUCUAAAUCUCAGCUUGUUUGAUGAUGAUGAUGAUGAGGAUGCACAAGGUGCAAAUGGGAAUGAAAGUAAUGCUGGAGAAACUUUCAGUUUAUUUGAUGAUGAAGUGAUGCCUUCCUUGGAUGAAGCUUUGCCUCCCUUUCCUACUUGGACAUGAAGAAACUUGGCAUUGUUAUUGCUAUAUUUAGCAUUGUAACAAGACCUUGGUUGUUGAAUUAUGUUUUAAGCUUGUUUAUGUGCUUUUUGUUAUAAUUAAAGCGUCAAACCGAUGUUGUUUGAUGAUGCUCAAAACUUAUUUCAAUUAUUUGUGAGUCGUGACAUGUUAUUUGGAGUUGUGACAUUUUG